UCUUCGUGACGUUGACCUGCGCCUUCCGCUACGGCCGCGAGGACCUGGACGUGUUGGGGCUGACCUUCCGCAAGGACCUCUUCGUGGCCAACGCCCAGGCCUUCCCCCCGGUCCCCGAGGAGAAGAAGCCCCUGACGCGGCUGCAGGAGCGGCUGAUCAAGAAGCUGGGCGAGCACGCCUACCCCUUCACCUUCGAGAUCCCCCCCAACCUGCCUUGCUCCGUCACACUGCAGCCGGGCCCGGAGGACACGGGGAAGGCCUGCGGAGUGGACUACGAGGUCAAAGCUUUCUGUGCGGAGAACCUGGAGGAGAAAAUCCACAAGAGGAAUUCGGUGCGCUUGGUGAUCCGUAAGGUCCAGUAUGCGCCGGAGCGACCCGGCCCCCAGCCCAUGGCAGAGACCACCCGGCAGUUCCUCAUGUCCGACAAACCGCUGCACCUCGAGGCAUCCCUGGACAAGGAGAUCUAUUACCACGGAGAGCCCAUCAGCGUCAACGUCCACGUCACCAACAACACCAACAAGACGGUGAAGAAGAUCAAAAUCUCAGUGCGCCAGUACGCCGACAUCUGCCUCUUCAACACUGCCCAGUACAAGUGCCCGGUGGCCGUGGAGGACGCUGACGACAUGGUGGCCCCGAGCUCGACGUUCUGCAAAGUCUACACCCUGACCCCCUUCCUCGCCAACAACCGGGAGAAGCGGGGGCUGGCACUGGACGGCAAGCUCAAGCACGAGGACACCAACCUGGCCUCCAGCACGCUGUGA